GCAUUUCAAUUCGUAUCCUCGUCAUCCCGUACGAGAAUUUGAUGCGAGCGAGUGUUUCGACAGUGUCGUGGACCAUCGUGGACUGUUGAAAGUGAGGUACCGACAUCCGUUGUGUCGAAUACAUUGUUCGAAGUCAUAUCGCGUUUUCAAUCGUGUUUCGUAGCUUCUCCGUUGCCUCUUUAUUCCGAGUUUCCGAUACGCGUGAGCACCAGGAGGGUUUCGAAAACGAAGGCUCGCGCGUUUGUGUCAAAUAUAAAUUAAGACGAAAUCGUCGUGAGGAGAAUCUGGAUCCUUCGUGUCGCUCAGACAACAUCAACGAUCAUCGGUCGGGAUAGCACGAAGUCGCGUCGUGCGUUCAAUCGCGUCUUCUCCAUUGCCCCGUAUCCCGUAUUUCGAGUUUUCGACGGGCGUGAGUACCGGGGAUGUCGAAAAUAGACCAAGUGUCGCGUGUUUGUGCUAAGUGUGAAUCGAGAGGAGGAGGAGGAUCUUGGAUCUUCGAAAGCGGCGGCUGAGACUACGAGACGGAUGAGGGAUGAGCGAUCAGCGAACGAAACGUUUCACUCGACGAAUUACGACAUGCUGUACACGAAGCCAUUUCGCAGGAAGAAUCGUUCACGACUCGAUUCGCGAGGCUAUCCGCGUCGAGUGACAGGCAAGGAAUGAUUAGGAUGCUUGUAGAAAUGCCCUGCGUGGUGGGCUUGAAACCGGGCGAUUCGUACGAGGGUAAGAGCAACGCGCGAGCCGCGCAACUGUACGAGAAGUCGCUCGGAGUGACGAUGGAGGCAGGGAACGAGCACGCAGAGGAGAUUAGAACUUGUAAUAUUCUUACGCAAGCACUGUUUGCGGCCAGUGCGAACAGUAGAAUAUUUCUAGAUGCGAUCUGCGAGCGCGCUAGACGCUUCUACAGUCUGCGCGCUUAUGCGAGCUGCCUGCGAGACUGCGAAUGCAUGCUGGCGCUUCCUGCAAAUUUCUAUGACGAUUCCGCGGAGAACGUCAGGCAUUUCGUGCAACGUAGGAAGGAAUGCCUUCAACUAGAGCGGGAGUGCUCCCGUAAGUUGGAAACCAUGUCCUCCAAGAAACGCGGUGCCCGUGGAAGGACAUCCUCCACCUCCUCUGUCGCGUCCUCCUCCUCCUCUUCCCGUUCUUCUUCCAGCAACACGCUGCCCAUCGUCGAUGGUAAGCCACACAGCCAUUUCACGAGCUGUUCGGAUAGCGUUAAGCUGCAGUUUGACGAGGCCAGGGGCCGGCAUCUCGUAGCUACAAGAGACAUCAAACCGGGGGCUGUACUCAUUGUCGACCGGCCGUUUUCCUUUAGCACGGACGUACCGGCUCUCGACAGGAAUUGUUUGCAUUGCCAUGCCACACUUAAAUUAGAAGACAGCGUUAGAAUCCCGUGCCGUGACUGCCAAACAGUGAUCUUUUGUAGCGAGGUGUGUCGCAAGAAAGCUUGGGAGACGUAUCACAGAUAUGAGUGUUCGGUAUUCAAUUACUUUUUCGAAAAUUCUUUGAAUAAACGCCAGCAAUCGUCUUAUCUCUUACUGGCUUAUCGCACGACGGUCAUACAAGCGCUACAAAACAGCACGGAAACAAUAUGCGAUUUAAAUCCUGAUUUCCUACAAUAUCACGCUAACGGUAAUGCAAAAGAUAAGGAUGACAUUAACGAAGAAUGCGCGAACUUGGGAUCAAAGGAGACGUACAGUCCUCUCGAUUACCGAACUGUGUUCCAAUUGGUGACUCAUUGCGUCGAAAUGGAACCUAACAUGAAUCUCAAUCGCACUAGCGAGGCGAUCUUUCUUGCAAAAUGUUUGAUCUCGGUUUUGAGCAAACUGGACGUCGUUUGCACGAAGGAAACGUUCAUCUCAUUGGCCGUGGCUAUGCUGCAUCAUUUGCAGGCGAUUAAUUGCAACGCGUACGAGAUUAUUGAGAAUGUUCACGAUGAGGCGACGCGCGUCUGGGAGCCCAGGAAUAUCGGUGCCGCGAUUUAUCCCACAGUCAGCCUUGUGAAUCACAGCUGUUAUCCGAAUGUGGUUCGUCACUCUUAUGCAAAUGGAAUAGUCGUGGUCAGAGCGUUGCGCUUUAUCGGUAUCGGUAAAGGAUGCGAGAUACUCGAUUGCUACGGGCCUCAUUUUCUCAGCGAGAGCAAAUUGAACAGGCGUGAGUUCCUAUGGAAGAAAUAUCGAUUCCUGUGCGGAUGCGACGCCUGCAAGCAGAAUUGGAAACUUCCGCUGUCCGAGACAACGAGAUACAAGUGCACAGCGUGCUUAGAACCGAUGGAUCUCUCAAUAGAAAACGCGAUAGUGACGAAUCAGCGGUGCGUGAAAUGCGAGAAACUUGUCGAUUUAAAAAAAAUCGAGAAACAACUUCGUAAAUCGAUUCAAAAAAGACUAAACGCCAUUGAAAAAAUGUAUCGGGGGAAUUAUCGAGACGCGAUGCCUUUAUUAUUCGAGCACGCGGACUUUGUCAACAAACACUUAGCCGAGCCGAAUAUCGAAGGUAUCAAAACAGAACAGUGUAUCGUCCAAUGUUACAAUUCUCUUGGCUCUAUUUCCGUGUAAUAAUCGGUUUAUAACAAUUGCUUACAGUAGUGAAACACUUAUUUCAAUAUUUAUUCUACAGCAUUGUGAAAAACGCAAUUCACUAAGAAUAGACACUUCUAGUUUUCUAUUCUAGAAAAAAAUUGUAUGCAAACUGCUAAACUAGAAAAUACAUGGAACAAUGAUCUUUGA